AUGCCGAGCGUAUCAACCAUCCUCAUGGGCCUUUUCGUCCUGGCGCCUCUCGCAGCUGCCGCCCCUGCUAAGCUCUAUGCUCGUCAAGAGGCGCCGUCACCAGCGGCCGCAUCGCCAACCAGUGCUGCAGGUGCACCAGCAGCGAUGGCCACUCUGAGCGAUGUCGACAUCCUUCAAUUUGCUCUGACCGCUGAGCAUCUUGAGUCGACAUUCUACAAGCAGGGUUUCGCGAAGUUCCCUAUGAGCGACUUCAUGAAGCUGGGCCUCAACGAGGGUCAGGUCAAGUCUCUCAUGGGCGUUGGUAUGACUGAGGCUAUUCACGUUACCACCCUGAUGUCUGCCAUCACUGGAGCAGGAGCCAAGCCUGUCGAGCCCUGUGAAUACAACUUCGACGCCGCUCUUGCCAGCGCCGACUCCAUGGUCAAGACCGCUCGUGUCCUCGAGGCUGUUGGUGUCUCCGCCUACCUUGGUGCCGCACCUAUGGUCAACUCUUCCGCUGUUCUCGCCGCCGCUGCCUCCAUCGUUACCGUCGAGGCUCGUCAUCAGGCCUUCAUCCGUAUCGCUUCCGGCGCUGAGCCCGUCCCUGCUGCCUUCGACACCUCGCUCCAGCCUCGUGCCGUCUUCACCCUGGUUGCUCAGUUCAUCAAGUCUUGCCCUCAGGGCUCCAACCUGAACAUCCAGGCCUUCCCUGCUAUUGCCCUCCAGAACCCUGAGAAGGCUACCGUUGGCCAGAACCUCAAGCUUGCUGACCCUGCUUCGCCCGCUGGUGCUUCCUUCUGCGCCUUCGUUGCUCCUGGCGGCAACCAGUUCUCGCAGAUCAAGGACGGUAACUGCAUGGUUCCCCAGAACCUGCAGGGUGAGGUCUACAUGAUGAUCACCAAGACCGAGUCCGUCAAGGACGACCAGGUUCUUGCCGGUCCCUCCGUCAUCCAGCCUUCGUAG